AGAUUAAAAAACGCUAUUUUUUUUUCGUUGGCGUUCUCAUGCGGACCUGAUUUUCCAGCGUUUGUCUUCUUAGGGCUUCCGUAGAUCUCCGACAUAUUGUUUGUGAGCAGCAGUUUGCUGAGGGAGCGAAGCUUCUGUCCUUAAGGUUCUUUACAGGCCGACAGCAGACACCUCCGGUGGAGACAGCGAGAUGGAGCCGUCAGCAAGUCCUGCGAAGGAUAACUACAGGAUGAACCGCUACAAAAACAAAGCACUUAAUCUAGAGGAGAUGCGCCGGAGAAGAGAAGAGGAGGGCAUUCAGUUGAGAAAACAGAAAAGAGAACAGCAACUGUUCAAGAGGAGAAAUGUGGAGCUGCUGAAUGAGGAAGGGGGCAUGUUUGACAGCCCACUUAUGGACUCCUAUGUCAGCUCAACCACACUGCAAGAAGGAGUCAUUACAAGAGACAUGGUGGAAAUGCUCUUCUCAGAUCAUCCUGAAUUUCAGCUGGCAACAACACAGAAAUUCAGAAAAUUACUGUCCAAAGAACCAAACCCACCCAUUGAUGAGGUCAUCAACACACAAGGAGUCGUACAUAGAUUUGUAGAGUUUCUUGAGAAAAGCACUGAUAGCACAUUACAGUUUGAGGCAGCAUGGGCACUGACCAACAUCGCGUCUGGGACGUCCCAGCAAACAAAGUAUGUGAUCGAGGCAGGCGCUGUCCCAGUGUUUAUCCAGCUCCUCAACUCUGAAUUUGAAGACGUCCAAGAACAGGCUGUAUGGGCACUUGGCAAUAUUGCUGGAGACAGUGCCGUAUGCAGAGACUUUGUCCUGAACUGCAAUAUCCUUCCACCACUAUUAAUGCUGCUGACCAAAUCGACUCGUCUCACAAUGACUAGGAAUGCUGUGUGGGCCCUGUCUAACUUAUGCAGAGGGAAAAGUCCACCUCCUGAAUUUGAAAAGGUGUCCCCAUGCCUGCCAGUGCUGUCCCGUCUUCUGUUCAGCAGCGAUUCUGACCUCCUGGCCGACGCAUGCUGGGCCCUGUCCUACCUCUCAGAUGGGCCGAAUGAAAAAAUUCAGGCUGUGAUUGAUUCUGGGGUCUGCAGAAGGCUGGUGGAGCUUCUCAUGCACUCUGAUUAUAAAGUGGCUUCUCCAGCGCUGAGGGCCGUGGGAAACAUAGUCACUGGAGAUGAUAUUCAGACACAGGUGGUGCUGAACUGCUCAGCACUUCCCUGUCUCCUGCACCUGCUCAGCAGUGCCAAGGAGUCCAUCAGGAAGGAGGCCUGCUGGACCAUCUCCAACAUCACAGCAGGAAACCGAGCACAGAUACAGACUGUAAUAGACGCAAACAUCUUCCCUGUUCUGAUUGAAGUCCUUCAGAAAGCAGAAUUCCGUACCAGGAAAGAGGCAGCAUGGGCCAUCACUAAUGCAACAUCAGGAGGCACACCUGAGCAGAUCCGGUAUCUGGUGAAUCUGGGCUGCAUUAAGCCCUUGUGUGAUCUGUUGACAGUGAUGGACUCUAAGAUUGUGCAGGUAGCUCUGAAUGGACUGGAGAAUAUUCUGAGACUUGGCGAACAGGAGGCCAGACAGAAUGGAAGUGGAAUCAACCCAUACUGCAGUCUCAUAGAGGAGGCCUAUGGCUUGGACAAGAUUGAGUUCCUUCAGAGCCACGAGAAUCAGGAGAUCUACCAGAAAGCAUUUGAUCUCAUCGAGCACUACUUUGGUGUAGAGGAGGAGGAUGCUACUCUGGCACCACAGGUGGAUGAGAACCAGCAGCAGUAUCUUUUCCCCCAGCAGGAGGCCCCUAUGGAGGGUUUUCAGCUCUAAUCAGCUUUCCAACACUUUCCUAAUCCUCCCCUAGAGCAUCUGUACCCUUCCUGUCCCCAUACCCGUUCUGCAGACUGAAUAAAAUCUGCUCACAGCUCAGCCAGUCACGCCUGACUGUCGCCUGAGCUGAUUCAUCUAGACGCGUUGAGAGAAAGCGGGCUUCCUGCAGAAGGACAUUGCCGCUGUUGUCACACAUGCAAGACUUCAGGAAGUGGAGUUGUGUUUUGUUUUAUUUCAUCUUAAUUUUCACCGUUUGAAUAGUGUGGUUAAAAAACGGAUCCCCCAGGAAAAAGUUGAGAGGAUGAACUUUUUUUUUUUUUUUCUUCAUCUUUCUUUCAUACUUUUAUUUCCUUUAUUUUUUUCUAACAAAAAAAAUCUUCACUGGGUGUGCAUUCCCAACCUGGUUAAUUUGUCCUUGUUAGAGUUUCAUUUACCACAGUAGCUGAAUAUACAAAGUCAGUUAACAUGCCAUUCGUAAAAUUAGUAGUAAUAAAACUUGUUGGUUGUUUAGUAAGCCAUGCUUAUUAGAGAUGGCUAUUACUGUUAGUGCUAUUACUGGAGGUUGUGCUAGUCAUUGAAAAAGUACACCCCUUUUCAGAGGCUUUAUAGAACUUUUUUUUUUCUUUAGGGCUAGUUCUUUUUUUUUUCAGUACUACACUUUUUGGAAGAAUCUGGUUGUGCAUGAAUAAUACAUGAGACGAGGUGGGGAAGUUUAAUAUCCAGGCUAGUGGCAGUUCAGAGGCAGAAUAAUUAAUUAGUCGUCCAAUGUUUGUGGUUUGUGGUGUUAUGACUAGUUUUGAACACACUGUGAUUUAAUUAUUACAUGCGAGAUUUAAGAUUAGCACACAGCUGAGGGCUGAGGUUUUCACAAAAUUAGAACACCAGAGCUUGGUAGAACUUAAUUCUGCGUUCACUUGAUUUGAGUUUUGGGUUUGUCUUUGUUGGAAUAUAGAUUUUCUUGAUUGCAGCAUAGCUGGUGCAGGUCAGGUGUUGUGGUCUUGGUUUGGACAGCCCUCGGUUUGUGCAUGUUAGGCUUUUGCAUGGUUUUAUUAUUGUCAGCAGUUUUUAUGUGUCCCUUGCCAGAUCUACACUCAAUCACUGCUUUCACAGAAUUACGCUGAUUAGCUAAUCAGCUGCUAAAGUGUUUUUUUUUUUUUUUUUUUUUUUUUUUUUGCACAAGCUGGAAAAUAGCAAGAAGCACAGAAGACACUGGUCAGCUUUCAAAAUACCCCUUAAUGAUUAAUUGUGUUUUGUUUAUGGUUACACAUAUGAGCAAUAAUACAAUUCUAAAAGAUAUGGCAAGGGAUACACGUAUAAAUCAUGACUAACCUAACAAGAUAUUAACAUAUAUAAGGAAAAAAAAAAUAAUAUAUGUAUUUGAAUAUUAUGCUAUAUACUUGCACAACACCUUUUGCACACAUGCAAACAAACAGCAUGCAUUUUACACACCAUACACAGAUAAAACAUAAACACGGGGGACAAUGGCUUCCAUAAUUUCUGACUGAACACUUCUUCUGCACCUUCCCCCUCCCACUAUUCUAGUUUUCUGUAUCAAGAGUCCUUUAAAUCACAUCACUAAUCCCAGUCCCAACGGGAAAUUUCACAGAUCCUUUAGAAGUUUCACCAAGAUUCAAUCAGUGAAAUCUAGACAAAGCCAUUUAGAGUGGAUAUUAUUAAUGUUAUUGUUAUUAUUAUUAAUAUUAUUACAGUGGUGGUGAUGGGAUCAAUGGAAUUCAAUGUUCACAACCCAAAUAUAGCCAUUUUAUUUACUAUCCAAAGCCACCAGUGAACCUAUAUGUGCCUUCUGAGUUUUAUAUGUGAUGAUGAUAAAAUCGUCAUGAUGGUGAAAUGGCUUCAACCUCAAUGCUCUUCAUGUAUCAAAGUGCUUUUAAAUCUGGGCCUUGAAACUAGUUUUAGAUCCUGAACCUAAUUCAAGGUCCAGAUAUGAAGAUCUAUAAUGUACAUAAUUAUCUGCUAUAAAGUAGUGUAAAAACUGUCAGAAAACCUACUUGUUUCUACAUUCAUUAUCAAUUUUAUUAGCUCCACUGACCAGGAGCAUUUUGUUGUUUUAGAAUAACUGUUUCUCUGCAUACUUUACUAUUCUUCUUUCACUCUGUUCUACAGGACCACUACAGAGCAGCUAUUAAUUUGGGUGGUGGAUCAUUCUCAGCACUGCAAUCAUGUUGACUUGGUGAUGAUGUUAGUAUUUGUUGUACUGGUACAAGUAGAUCAGACACAGCAGUACUGCUGGAGUUAUUAAACAGUGUCCAAACACUUACUGUCCACUCUAUUGUACACUCCUGUCUGCUCCACACUGUAGUUGUAAGGUUACAGAAAAAUACUCUGAACCUUUUGCUGCACAUCUUGUGUUGGUUAACCAGUAGUUAAAGAAUGCUGCCCACAGUGGAUAUUGGCUGGAUAUGUCUGGUUGGUGGACUAUAUUCAGUCCAGCAGGCAUAUUGAGGUGUUUAAAAACUCCAGCAGCACUGCUGUAUCUGAUCCAGUAACACCAGAAUAACACACACCACCACCAUGUCAGUGUCGCUGCAGUGCUAAGAAUGACAAAUAUGGGGGGGGGGGUUCCUGACCAUUGAAGAACAGGGUGAAAGAAGGGUAAUAAAGUGUACAGAGAUACAGAUGGACUACACAGUUUGUCAAGUGUUUUUAUGGUCAGUGUAGCUGAUUUAAAAAGAAAUGUGAUUUUUUUUUCCCCCCAUCACCACCACUGUGACUCAACCCUUUUAGCAUUUUCUCAGUAGCUAACAACUCGUCCACUUUAAAAAGAAUAAUAAAAAAUUGUGUUCAUUUUCUCAUCAUUUCUUUACAGGAACUGCUUGCAAACUAAUUUACCUCUUGAUCAAGGAAGUAUAAAACUGUGAGCUUGAGAGAGUUUGUAAUUUUCUUGUUAUUAUGGAAGCAUUGUUUUCUCCUACCUCUACACCACACUGACUUUUGGGUGCUUCAAUGAGUGUUUUUUUUUUUUUUUUUGUACAGAAGGGUCAAAAGGUCUGGAUGAGUAAUAGGACAGUGACUGACAGGUGAUGUGUGAAGCAAGGGAAAGGACUUUCGAAGCUGUGUGUUCAGAUCAUAUUAUAUCUUGUGUUGCUUCAACUGUUGGCGGUGAAGCUCGUUAUAGUACGUUUUGUUGCUGGUUGCAGUUCUGUGUUUCUCAUGCACAUUUUAGUCUAGUGCAUGAUCAACAUUUGAAGAUGGUGUACUGCUACUUUUUGUGAGCAUUUUGGUCUAAGAUUUUGAAUCUUUUGACCUGAUUAUCUUAGUAUUGCAGCUGCUGCAGGGGAAUCUCUAUAGUAUUUAAUACUGUGUUGUGUUUUUUUUCCCCCAAAUCUAAAAAAAAAUGUGGUCAUGGACCAGAGUGGAUUAUUACAAAAGCAAAAAUUGAUUGAUUUAUUAUUUUCGUCAGACAUUAGAUUCCUUUCCAUUUUCUCUGGUAAAGGAUAUAAUUCUAUAGAUGAGAAACUAUGGUUCUCUUAAGCAGAAUUGUGGAUGUAGACACUUUUUAUCAGUUCAGUGCAAGUGUACUGCAUUUGAUAUAGUUACAGUAUUUUAUAUGUAUAAAACCUGUUGCGAUUCAGCUCUGCUGUUGCAGUCUAUGAUGUUUUCUGCUAUUUGGUGCAUGACAAUGUCCUCUGUUUACUGUAGCAUUGGGUUUCUCAGUGUUUAUAGAAGUUGCUCUUUUGUACACUAUAUAGAGAAUGAUUUGCAGUUUUAUUGCAGUUAAGAUUAUAGCAUUUAAGUAUUGGAGUAAGAGGAGCGAUGCUCAAUCUGCCGAGUCCUGUACAGAAACAUUUAGUUGGCAUGAAUUACCUGAUCAGCUAAAGCAGCCAGAAACCAUUGUUUUAGAUCACAACAGGAGAUGCUAGGCUAAUUCAUGACCAAAAACUUUGCUGUCAUGGUUUAAGAACAAAGUUGUGUGGCUCUAUCCUCAGAGCUUAAAUGUUAAUAUAAUUAACAUGUUAAAUGUUAAUAUGUUAACAUAAUGUCUAAUCAUGCAGUUUUGCACAACAAGUAAAGAAGAAAAAGUUUGCCAAAAUAUUUGAUUUUUUUUAAAGCAUGCCAUCUGGCAUGUUUUUACAGAGAUUAGAUGGACCUGGUGAAAUUUUAGGUUCACUUUUUGUUACCAACUUUAGCUUAGCACCUCCUGCUCUAAACUAAGGAAUCGAAAGGCUGUCAACAAACAGGACUUAGUUUCCCAAAAGCAUCUUAGCAUUAAAAACAUCUUAACAUGGACACAGAGAGAGAGACAGAGAGAGAGAGAGAGCUCGGGGUAAAGCUUGCUCGGCCAAUUAAGAAUAAACUUUGUGCUAUGAACCUUUUGGGAAACCCUGGAUCUUUACUGAUCUGCAUAUUCUGUUUGUGAUGAAUCAUAUAUAUUUGAUAAUUUGCCAAAUUAUCCAUUUAAUGUUGGAGGUGUUUACCUUUUCUAAAGUUGUUAGGAAUACCUUUUUAAAAAAGCCUUGGUGUAGAACAGUAGCAAUGCCUGGCUUCUAUAUUAUUAGCUAAAUUGUGGCAGUCCUAUAAGAAUGAGGUGGUAGGAUAUUUUAGUGUUUUGAGUUCCUUGUCACUUUAACCAAGAUAGCAAUCUAUUUAAAACAUCAGCUGCCCUUUUAAAUAGUUUGAUUGUGUAAAGAAUAGCCAAAGUGAAAACAUUUAUUUGGAAUCAAAUCUUGCUCGAUUUAGCAUUUUACAGGCCAAAAUUAAGGCUGUUUUUCUAAUAGAAAGUGAUCAUUUGAAAUAUGCAUGGCUUUGUUAGAAUCGAAAAAAAUAUAUAGAAGUUAAUGUGAUUUAAUGAUUGAAAAAUCAUUCAAUUUAGAGGAAUUGCUGACUGGAAAAAUGUUGCUGGAUAUUACACCCUCAGCCCAAACAGCAUGCUCAAAAUCUAGAUGUCCAUCCAACAUACUAGUAUUCUCCUCAUAAUAAAUAAAUAAAUUAAAAAUAUAUCAGUUUUUGACCAUUUUAUUUAAAAAUACAGUGGCUAACUAGACUUUAGAGACUUUAAGGUGCCCUUAAAGGGAAUAGUCAGAGAUCAGAGCAAUCAGCAAUGCUGCAGCUACCUGUACCUGCUUAUCCGUGCACAUCAAAGAGGAAUAAAUAGGAUUAUAAUUAACAGGGAGGAAUGGGGGAGGCAGUGUAUACACUAUUUCUCAUGUUUCUCAUGGGGAAAUAUCAGGUGCAGUAAUAAUAAAAAAAAAAAAAAAGAAUUAACUAAUUUAAAAUGAAAAUGCACUCCUUUUCACAAAAGUGCCAAUCAGACCAACAAAGACUGGAGGUUGAUGCAUAUCAACAUGUCUAAUUUUGUAUUUGUUAUUUUUUCCUUCCUUUUUUUUCUUUUUUUUCCCAGACUUUGUUUAUUUACUUGAAUGUGCACGCGUUUGUGCAAAUGUUGCUGCUCUAUUUUCAUAUCUUAUAUUAAUCAGAGGUUACAUUAUCUGCACAGUUUCUGUAGACAUGUGGCAGUCUGCUAUUUGUACACCAAAUUGGUAAACUGAAUCAAAAAUAGAAAUUGAAAUGUAAAGCUAAUUUAUUAUGCUGGACUAAUUUACAUUGGUUUGUUUGCUUGGAUUGAUUGUGUCUCCUUUUGGAAAAUGUACCUUUCUUUCACAGUGGCACAGAAGAGCCAAGAAAGAUACCAGCUGUCAUCGAUAUUGUACACGUUCUUUUCUGUUCGUUCAAGGACUUUCAGUGUUUUUGAUGUUGCUUGUAUUUAUACAAUCUCAGUUAGAAGUUUCACUGAGUGUGGAGACCCAAUUGACUGUCCCAAAUCUGACUUCCUCUUGGCUUUACUUGCAGCAAAACUGGUUGCAGCUCUAUGAGAGUCUUUUACCAUUGCAAAUGAAGAAAAUGUGCAGUAAAGCUUCAGAGAAGAAGGCCAGGAACCACAGUCACCUGCGCCACUUUAAAUCUGCCAUAUCCAGGGAUGUAUAACGCUUUACUUCAGGUUGUGCUCACUGAAGGACAUCCUUUAGAGAGAUUAACAAAUCAGGGCUUCAUGAAUCUGAAAUUAACAGACCUAUUCUUAUUGUUGUUAUUAUUGGCAGAAUUUACUAAAGGAAUAGUUCACACACUGUCCCUGAUUAACAAUGACUUCCAAGAAGUGCAAAAAAAAAAAAAGAUAAAAGGCCACACAUGUACAGUUAAAUUGAGUCUUUCUGGUCUUCCGUCCUAGAUCUUGUAGAUGUUUAUACCUUGAGACUUUUUGUCUCCUCCAAAUCCAAAGCCAGUGCGUAAUGCUUGGCUGUGUGUCGUUAAAAAAAAUAGAAAAAGAAAAGAAAAAAGCUAACUUGUUUACAAUAUGUUUAUUUCAGUUAUUUUUUUUUUAUUUCCUACUUUCUGUUUAGUCUCACCCUGGUUGGUUAUUGUGUCCUGGUCCUGUGAUUUUGUUUCUUUUUAAUUGUAUUUCUCUCCUUCUUUUGCCAACAAUUAACCAUCGUAUACUGUGACUGACUUGACUUUACCGACGGUAUGAAUGAGUGACUAGAAACAGAUACACAAACUGAACAUGUCACACGAAAACAUAAACAUGUACAUUAACAUUACUGAACAAAUGUUUUAAAGAGGUAUAAAAGGUUUGUCCAGAAUGCAAAUAACAUGCAAAAAAUAAAAACGGCGAUUAUAAAGAAAA